AUGUCUAAAAUAUCCAAGGACAUCGAUUUACAGCAAGAGUUGAACAAUUAUCAAAAUCUAAAUUGUUCGCUAAACGAACAACUCGAUCGCACUCAUAAAGAAAACAAAUUAUUAUCAGAUGAAAAUUCUUUCCUUCGUAAAAAAGUUACAUCAUUUCAACAACAAAUCAGCAACAACCAUAAUGAAUGCGUUCGCCUUGAAUCGGAAUUAUAUCAACAAGGGCAAGAAUUAGAAAGGUUAAAAAAAGAAAAUGUUGGAUUCUUGAAAAAUAAACGGGAGGUGGAAAGGAAAUUGCGAGAGGAGACACAAGCAUUUGAAAAAGAUCGGAUUGUGUGGCAAGAACGUGAAUCAGAGUUGCUUGAUCAAGCAAAAGCACUACAAGACACCAUCAAUGUUCUGGCACAGCAAAAUGAGCAAGUUUCAGAAAAGAAAAAUGGCAAUACACCAACGGGACAUCAGCCCCGUGGUUUGUGUUAUUUAGAAAGUAUUACGAGUGAAGAUGUUUCACAUUAUACCACUAUUCGUGAAUUAAAGGGUGCUCAACGAACUAUCAAAGAGAUAGAACGACGUAAUAAUGAAAUAACCGCCGAGCUUGAUAAGGCCAAACAAGCCACCACAGAAUCAAUGAACCUUAGCAAGAGUCAUGUGCGUAGAAUUCAACAACUAGAGAAUGAAUUGUCUCAAGUGAAACACAUGAAUCAAGCGUUAAUGGAGGAAAAUGAGGGAUAUCAAUUAUUAUUGCAUGAAAAGACAAUGAAAGGCGAAUUUAUGUUAAAUCCCAUCAUGCAGCGAAAUGGUACAUACACAGAAAAAAAAUGUACGGGUACCAUUGAAAAGGUUACAAAUGAUUCUGUGAGUUCUCCCCCAAUUGAUGAUGAUAAUAAAGUUAAAAAUAAAAAUUCAAUCGCGACAGAUUUGGCUGCUGAGUUGGAUCGUGCAUCUUUGUUAACCAGUUUUUACCAUGGCGAACGCGUUCAUAAAGAAAGUGAUACCACAAUCAUUGAUAAAUUGCAAGAUAAAAUUAAGUCACUUACUGACGCCAAUAAGUGUUUGAGACUUUAUAUUGAAAAGAUCCUUAACCGUAUUAUUGAGACUCAAGGUUUUGAAGAAAUUUUGUCAUCUGAAUCAGAAUGGAAGAAACCAUCCGCGUCCAGCCAUGAAAAUAAAACUAAGAAAAUUGAAAGGCGUAAGACCGUGUCUGUGUUGCACUUCCGUAGCACUUCUCAACCUCAAAAUUCUUUAUCACCAAUCAAUAAAAUAAUAGCUGAAGAGCCUGAUAAGAUUUAUCCCUUACCAAGUGAAAGAAAAUCAAAUGAAGAUACAAUUACUCUUGGUGAUGCACCAAAACGUGUACAAAGAAGAAAUUCUUCAUCAGGUACUAAAAAUGCAAAGCGUUUUAGCAUUUUUAAUUGGGUUGGAGGUGCAAAAGAAGAAGAAAGGAAGGAAGAUCCAUUUAUGAGACCUAUGAUCCUCGUACAAGAAAAGGAGAGGAAAGAAUAG